CCGGAGGGAGAGAUGAGUAAAAAAAAAAUUAUCAUCCUUUUCUUCGAUCCUUUAAACCCCCAAAGCAUUAUUCUUUAUGCUCUUCGGUAAUUCGACCUCAAAUUUUCUUUUCUCAAUUUGAAGCGAGAAUUAUCCGCCUUAGCUUCCUGAAUCAUAGCUCCUGUUCAUUCUUCAUUUUAUUGUAAGCUACUCAAUCUGCUAUUGGAGUAGGAUUUUUCAUGGCUUCCACUCCUCUUACGUGUUCACCGAGCUCUCUCCAGCUUCGGCUCGCUCUGAAUAGCAAGAAUUGCGGCAAAUUCCCUUCAGUUCUUGUUCGGGCGAGAGUGACGAAAUUGGAUCCUCGGCUCCGCGUGAUCUCCCGCCCUAUUGUUCAUAAUGGCGUGAUAAUCGAGAGAGAAAAUGGACUGCGUCGCAGUGGAGUUUCUUUUGCUGAGUCGGAGUCGACUACUGAUGGAUUCUCUGGGUGGUCGGAAUCUGAUUCCGGGGAGGAGGUUUUGGACUUACGGAGAAAGAAGUGGUUUGGAGGGUUCGUGGGGAUUGGAGUUACUGGAUUCAUCCUUGUCUCGGGAAUCACCUUUGCAGCAUGGUCAAUGAACAAGCAGAAUGGUUCCAGACAAAAGCCGCAAAUGGAGGCCUUAAGUAUGCAGCAAGAGUUAUUGUUGGAUUCUGAUACUGGACAUGAUAGCCUUGAUGAAGAUGAAAAAGAAGAUAACAUUGUGAAAGCAGAUGAUGGAGCUCUCGCUGAUAAUUCAGGUGUUCCUGCUCCUUUGGUUUCUGCAGCUGUUAAAACACUUCCUGGCAAGGUCCUAGUUCCUGCAGCAGUGGAUCAGGUUCAGGGGCAGGCAUUGGCAGCACUGCAAGGUUUAAAGGUGAUAGAGGCUGACAUUGAACCUAGCGAUCUAUGUACUCGUCGUGAAUAUGCUCGUUGGUUGGUGUCUGCAAGCAGUGCUCUUUCAAGGAACACAACAUCCAAAGUAUACCAAGCAAUGUAUAUACAGAAUAUUACUGAGCUUGCUUUUGAUGAUAUUACACCAGAAGACCCUGAUUUCGCAUCUAUUCAAGGUUUAGCAGAAGCUGGACUGAUUUCAAGCAAGCUUUCGAGACAUGAUAUUUCUUCGACGUUGGACGAAGACCAGGGUUCUUUUCAUUUCUCUCCCGAAAGCCCUUUAUCACGUCAAGAUCUUGUGAGCUGGAAGAUGGCCCUUGAAAAAAGACUGCUGCCAGAGGCAGACGGAAAGAUGCUCCGCCAAGUUUCUGGAUUUAUUGAUACUGAUAAGAUCCAUCCAGAUGCUUGUCCUGCACUUGUUGCUGAUCUUUCUGCAGGAGAACAGGGAAUAAUAGCUCUUGCAUUUGGAUAUACAAGGCUGUUCCAGCCGGAUAAGCCAGUAACAAAAGAACAAGCUGCCAUUGCUCUUGCAACAGGGGAGGCUUCUGAUAUGGUAAGCGAGGAGCUUGCAAGGAUUGAAGCUGAAUCAAUGGCGGAAAAUGCUGUUGCUGCACAUAGUGCGUUGGUAGCUCAAGUUGAGAAAGAUAUUAAUGGCAGCUUCGAGAAAGAACUUUCCAUUGAAAGAGAAAAGGUUGAGGCUGUGGAGAAAAUGGCAGAAGAGACAAAGCAAGAAUUGGAAAGAUUAAGAUCCGAAAGAGAGAGAGAUAAUAUCAGCUUGAUGAGGGAACAAGCUGCUAUUGAAUCGGAAAUGGGAGUUCUUUCAAAGUUAAGAUAUGAGUUGGAGGAGCAGUUGCAAGGCCUGAUGAGUAAUAAAGUACAGGUAUCCUAUGAAAAGGAAAGAAUCAACAAACUCAGAAAAGAAGCUGAAAUUGAAAACCAGGAACUUUCCCGCCUGCAGUAUGAGCUUAAAGUUGAGAGGAAGGCGUUGUCCAUAGCCAGAGCUUGGGCAGAGGAUGAAGCAAAAAGGGCAAGAGAACAAGCAAAAGCACUUGAAGAGGCUAGAGAUAGCUGGGAAAGGCGUGGCAUCAAAGUAAUGGUGGACAGCGAUCUCCGUGAACAGGAAUCAGCUGGCGAUACUUGGCUCGAUUCUAGCAAACAGUUUGCAGUCGAAGAAACUGUGGAAAGGGCCGAGAACUUAUUGGCCAAGCUGAAAGGAAUGGCUAGAGAAGUAGGAGGGAAAUGCAGGGACAUAAUUGAGAAGAUCAUCCAGAAGAUAGCAUUAGUAGUAUCAAACUUGAGACAAUGGAUUUCGAAUGCUGGAGAACAGGGUGAGGAUCUAAAGAAUGUGGCCAUUUCAAGGGCAUGUAGAUCAGCAACUGAGGUGCAACAGAGCAUUGCAGAGUUGAGGUUGGCCGUGAAGGUGGGAGCUAAGCGAGUUGUGGGAGAUUGUAGGGAAGGAGUAGAGAAAAUUACCCAAAAGUUUAGAACAUAGAAUGGUUAAGAAACUAUUGAUUUAGCAGCUGAGUGAUGUAGUGGAAUUCUAAA